CGCUCCCCGGCGCUGCCGCUUCAAAUAGCACCGUGCAUUCCGAUGAAUCCCACCUCUCCAUCUCCCACCUCACCGUUGCAAACCAAAGUGAUCACCUGCUCGAUUGUUGCUUAGCUAGGUAGCCAUGGGUUUCCUCCACCUGUUCGCCUCCCACGUGGCGUUCUUCUCCCUCUUCCUCUCCUCGUUGGUGUUUCUUCAUGGCGCCGCCGCGGAUCAGGCGGAGGCUCUGCGGACCUACAUUGUGCAGCUGCACCCACGCGGAUCUACCGGCGGCGGCGACGCAACCUCCUCCGACCACGACUGGCACCUCGCCUUCCUCAUCAAAUCCGUGCCUUCCUCGGUGGAGCAAGAUGACAAGCGCCAGCGGAAGCCGUCGUCGCGGCUGCUGUACUCUUACCACACCGUGUUCGACGGCUUUGCGGCGCGGCUCACGGUCGGCGAGGCGGCAGCUCUGCGGGCGCUGCAGGGCGUCGCGUCGGUGCGCGAGGACCGCCGGGUCGAGCUGCACACCACGUACUCGUACCGUUUCCUCGGCCUCAACGUGUGCCCGACCGGGGCGUGGGCACGCGCGCGGUACGGCCGUGGCGUGGUCGUCGGGGUGCUCGACACGGGCGUGUGGCCGGAGAGCCCGAGCUUCGACGACCGCGGGAUGCCGCCGGUGCCGGACCGGUGGCGGGGCGUGUGCGAGACCGGGGAGCGGUUCAACGCGACGAACUGCAAUCGGAAGCUCGUCGGCGCGCGGUUCUACUCCAAGGGCCACCGCGCCAACUACCCGACGGACCCGUCUGACGCCGCAGCGCGCGCGCGGGAGUACGCUUCGCCGCGGGACGCGCACGGGCACGGGACUCACACGGCGUCGACAGCCGCGGGGUCCGCCGUGGCCGGAGCCAGUGUCCUCGGCGCCGGGGCCGGGGAGGCGCGCGGCGUGUCUCCCGGCGCGCACGUCGCCGCCUACAAGGUCUGCUGGUUCAACGGAUGCUUCAGCUCCGAUAUCCUCGCUGGGAUGGACGACGCGGUGCGCGACGGCGUCGACGUGCUGUCGCUCUCGCUCGGCGGCUUCCCCAUCCCGCUCUUCGAGGACAGCAUCGCCAUCGGCAGCUUCCGUGCCACGGUGCGCGGCGUCUCCGUCGUGAGCGCCGCCGGUAACAACGGGCCGGAGCCGAGCUCCGUGGCCAACGAAGCGCCCUGGAUGCUCACCGUCGGCGCCGCCACACUGGACCGCCGCUUCCCGGCCUACGUCCGGCUCGGCAACGGCCGGGUCCUGUACGGCGAGUCCAUGUACCCGGGAAAAAUCGAUUUGAAAAAUGGCGGGAAGAAGGCGCUCGAGCUGUUCUACGCCGCCGGUGGGUCCCGGGAAGCGAUGUACUGCAUGAAGGGGUCCCUCUCCGCGGCCGAAGUCGCCGGGAAGAUGGUGGUAUGCGACCGCGGCAUCACCGGCCGGGCAGACAAAGGCCAGGCGGUGAAAGAAGCGGGCGGCGCGGCCAUGGUGCUCGCGAACUCCGAGAUCAACCGGCAGGAGGACUCCGUCGACGUGCACGUCCUUCCCGCGACGCUCGUCGGCUACCAGGAGGCUGUCGAGCUCAAGAACUACAUCAGCUCGACGCCGCGGCCGGUGGCGAGGAUCGCGUUCGGCGGCACGCGGAUCGGGCUAGCGCGCGCGCCAGCGGUGGCGCUCUUCUCGGCGCGCGGGCCGAGCGUGACGAGCCCGUCGGUGCUGAAGCCGGACGUGAUCGCCCCCGGGGUUAACAUCAUCGCAGCGUGGCCGGGCAGCGUUGGCCCGUCGGGGCUGGACGGCGACGCGCGGCGGUCCAACUUCACGGUGCUGUCGGGGACGUCGAUGGCGUGCCCGCACGUGAGCGGCAUCGCGGCGCUGGUCAGGUCAGCGCACCCUUCAUGGAGCCCAGCGAUGGUGCGGUCAGCGAUCAUGACGACGGCCGACGUGACUGACCGGCAGGGCAAGCCGAUCACCGACGGAGACGGCGGGGACCGCGCCGACGCGUUCGCCAUGGGCGCCGGGCACGUGAACCCGGCCCUCGCCGUGGACCCGGGCCUGGUGUACGACAUCGAGCCGGCCGACUACGUGACGCACCUCUGCACGCUGGGGUACACGCAGAGGGAGGUGUUCAAGAUCACGCACAGCGCCGUCAACUGCAGCGAGCUGCUGCACGAGAACCCGGGGUUCACGCUCAACUACCCGUCGAUCGCGGUGGCGUUCAAGGACGGCGGCGGCGAGACAUCAGCAGUGCUCCGGAGGACGGUCACCAACGUGGGUGCGCCCAACUCGACGUACACGGCGCGGGUGGCCGCCCCGCCCGGAAUCAAGGUCACGGUCGCGCCCACGACGCUGGCGUUCGCGGAGUUCGGCGAGAAGAAGAGCUUCCAGGUGCGGGUGGACGCGUCGGCCGCGGCGGGGAAGGACAGCGCGGAGGGGUACCUGGUGUGGAAGCAGCAGAGCGCUGGGCAGGGCAGGCGGCGCACGGUGAGGAGCCCCAUUGCCGUGACCUGGCCCGUGGAGUAGAGGUGCAAAUUUAGCAGGCGAUCAGGCAUGAUCAGCAGCUUGCUGGUAGCUCGUGCAGUGCCUGAUUCUUCUCUCCAGUUUGCUGUAUCCAGGAUCCGAUGAUAUUAGUAGUUCCCCUCCGAAGUAGAGCGGGGAAGGGAGGACUUGAGUUAGAGAGCCAACACCUGGUUGGUUUAUCGAGAUGGAUUCCCAAGCCCAAAAUUCCAAAUCAUCUCAAUCAGAGAAAUAAGUUUGUUAACUAUGCA